AUGGGUUCAAACGACAGACAAACUCUGGCCGCGCCCACGCUCGAGCCACGUGGCACCCACGCACCUACCGACAUCACGGCUACACCACAUGGUCGAAAGCGUGCUCUGGUUGACGCACAGUCCUGUACGCCAUGCGACAAGAAAUUGAAGCACGAGAAUGACGACGAGGGCACGACGACUUGUGAUGACGCAGAGGAGAUGGACACCGUUGUAAUCGGUCGACAACGUUCCCUUUCUAUGCGCAAUGGCCCGGUGCUGUCCCCAUUGAGUACCGCAUCGGUCGAACAGAUUCGACAGCAUCUGCGUGACCUGCGACGUGAAGUAUUCCUACGUCCGCUAUUGGCAAUUAUCUCGAAGCUCAUGUUUCACAAGGGAAACCACGGCUUUUUUAAUGUACGGGUCGAUCCCGUCGUGUGGAACAUUCCACAUUAUUUUGAAAUAGUGAAGCAGCCGAUGGAUCUAGCACUUGUCAAGAACAAGUGUUUGAAUCUUGAAUAUGCGACCGCAGACGAGUGUGCGAAUGAGAUACGUCUCGUUUUUUAUAAUGCGUGUCUCUUUAAUCCUCCUGGACACAUUGUGCACGAGUCGGCAGCAAUGUUGCUGAAAGAGUUUGAAACGGACUAUAUCAAGUACAAAACCAAGAUGGAAAUUAGGACGAAACGGCGUAAUGACCACUCGUGUCCGUAUUGUCUGGACAAUGUGUGUGGUAUUUGUGAUGAGAAGUGCAUUAAUUUUGAGCCACCGUUCGUCGUGUGUUCGGGUGCAUGUCAUCAGCGCAUUAAACGUCAUGCAGUGUACUACAAGAGUCCAGAUGGACAGUAUCAUUGGUGCUCCAAGUGCUUUACGUCGUUGCCAAAGAUGCUAACGCUAAAGGCAGCUGGAUCUUCUGCACCAGAUCAGGACCAUACGACAGCUAUUGCAGCGGAGUAUACAAUGUCCAAGCUUGGACUACUAAAGGCCAAGUUUACGGAUGAACUCACGGAGCCAUGGGUACAGUGUGACCGAUACGAAGAAGUGAUGUACACGUGCCCGUUAUGCCGUCUCCAGGAGCUUGAAGCUGAAGAAAAGAAAGACGAGCUCGGCAUGUCUCCGAUUGAAACUUCCGUCGAGAAUUUUCCAGUGAAAAUGGAGAAAGAUUAUUUGCAGUCACACAGCCCUGUGCUAAAGCGUAGGUCGUACACUAAAGAUUUUACCCGUGCGCUUGGGUUUGAUACGGAAAGUGAAGGUGAGGAGUUUGACUCUUUGUCCCGAGUUGAGUUGGAUGCUGUGGACGUCAGUACCUCGACAGGCUUCAUGAAGAGCCAAAGCCUGCAGUCGUGUGCUCUGUCGCGAUUUAUGCAAAAAUGGGUGCGGCAGCACCUGGAAGUUCUUGAUGAGCACGAAGCAGCUCAAUCUGUUGUCGUAAAAGUAGUGUCUGCGAUCAAGACCUCGUGUCGCGUCAGUUCGGUUGUGCGCAAAAACUUCCGAUCAGCAUCUCAGGAGUACCCACAAAUCAUCAACUACACAUCAAAGGCCAUUUUUGUCUUUCAGAUGAUCAACGGCGUCGAAGUUUGCAUCUUUUCAAUGUAUGUUCAGGAGUAUGAUAAGCACUGCGAGUUGCCCACGAACCGUAAGCGGACGUACAUUGCAUAUCUGGAUAGUCUGGUGUACAUGCGCCCGCGCCACGUGCGAACGAGCCUGUUUCACCAGAUUCUCAUCUCGUACCUGGCUUUCUGUAAAGGAAAAGGGUAUGAAUACGCGCACAUUUGGGCAUGUCCUACAACGCGCGGAGGCGAUUUUAUUUAUUGGUGCCAUCCUCCUUUUCAAAAGAACCCUGGCAAAGAGCGCCUUCUUCAGUGGUAUCUGAGCAUGGCUAAAAAGGCAAAGGACGUAGGCGUCGUUUAUGCAUGCGACGACUUGUACGCUCGUGAAUUCGAGAUGCUGGAAGAUACCCUUCACACUCAGCUUCCUCCCUAUUUUGAUGGCGACUACUGGCCUUGUGAAGCCGAGCGACUUGCCGCCUCACCUUCAAAGAGAGGAAGAAAGGAAGCGAAUACUGCGAGCGCGUGCAGUGCAAAGUUCCGCAAGCGAGUCGGCGAGUCGGUGAAAGCGGCUCGCGAAUCACUUUUUGUUAUCGCCUUGCAACCAACGUGCGCUGCCUGUAAGCAGCUGAUAGUUAAUGCUGCUUACUGGCGAGCGAGCAAAAUAGAAGCUGUAGACACAUACUACUGCGCCAAGUGCCAAGUUACAGCAGCAACAGCAGCAGUAGCCGCUACUGGGCAAGUGGCGUCACUUACCAAAGUGACCCCACCCAAUUUUGCGGAAGCAUGCUGCUAUAGGGAGACGGAGGAGGCAGGCAUGUCUUGCCCGUUCUUGGACUACCGUCCAAACAUGCUUAAGAAUUGCGAAGAGCGCCACUACCAGUUUGACAGCUUUCGCCGUGCGAAGUACUCGACAAUGAUGCUCAUCUAUCAGAUUUCGACGCAGCGAUCUGCUCAAUAG